AUGGCACCAUGCCGAAGCCUUGACGGCUUACCGAUACGAAGUAAACGAUAUUCGCCCAAGGUAGCAUCGGUCGCAAAGAAGAAGAAGAAGAAGAAGAAGAAGAAGAAGAAGAAGAAGAAGAUCAAGAAGAAGCUAUUCGAAUGCUCGAUUAGACUAUUGCACAGAAGCAAAGUCGGACUAUGCCACGAAGACGUUCAGUUCACCGCGAUGAACAAGGCGGUGUCGAGCAGAUCAGUCUGA